CUAUAUUUCAUACAAAGUGCCAUUUGCAAACAGUUUCGUUGCGUAGAAUUAAAUGCAUGUGGCAUUAUUGUUUCUUGUUUAAUAACAAAACAAUUUAAGUGUGCAGCGGUUCUUUGAAUUUCUUAGAAUUUACUUUUGCGUACAUAAAGAAAUGGCUUUACAAAGUACAAGUUCAAAAAUAAAUAAACAUUCAAUACCAAUCGAUAUCCUCGACGAUUUAUGCAGUCGUUUCAUCAUAAAUUUGCCGCCAGAAGAUAGAGGCAAUUUGGUACGAAUAUGUUUUCAAAUAGAGCUUGCACAUUGGUUCUAUUUGGACUAUUAUUGCACAGAUGAUAGCACUAGGCUAAACCCAUGUGGGAUAAGGGAAUUUGCGGCACAUAUAUUUCAGCAUGUUCCCCAACUCCGUGAGCAUGUCAGCAGCCUGGAUGCUGUGUUGGAUAACUGGAGAGUGUAUAAGCAAAGUGUGCCAACAUAUGGAGCUAUUAUACUGGACACAGAAUUGUCGCAUGUUCUGCUUGUGCAAUCGUAUUGGACAAAGGCAUCCUGGGGCUUCCCGAAAGGGAAGGUGAAUGAAGAUGAGGAGCCAUGGAAAUGUGCAGCUAGAGAAGUACUUGAAGAGACUGGCUUUGAUAUCACCAAUCUCAUGAACAAACAAGACUUCAUUGAAGCAACCAUUCAUGAUCAAAUUGUCCGUCUCUACAUCGUUGCUUACGUGCCGCGCGACACCAAGUUCCAGCCCAGAACACGAAAUGAAAUUAAAGCAUGCGAGUGGUUUCCUAUUGCUGAUCUACCAGCCAAUAGGAAAGAUAUGACGCCGAAAGUCAAAAUGGGUGUCAGCCCUAACGCUUUCUUCAUGGUUCUACCAUUUGUUAAACGUAUCAGGCGUUGGGUCUCUGAAAGAAACCCCAAAGUAUUCUCGCGAAGAACAAGACACAAAUCUAUGGGAGAACUCGAAUCGUGCAAGGGCAAACCUAAAACCAUAUCGCAAGGUUUGCAAAAUGAGAUACAAGAGUAUCAACAGAAUUCUGGGCAUGUACCGAAAAAUAAUGGACAUGCAAAUAGUCAAACGAAGGUCAAUGGCAAUGGCAAUAGAAAAGGCGGGAAAACGACGAAACGUCAACUGUUUACGCCACAGAAUGUCAACAAUGAUACAAACAGAAUAUCACCAGUACAAAAUGAAAGUGCAAACGAUGAUUUUGAUAAUUAUUAUAGCGAAUACAUCAACUUCGUUGCGCCUUCGUGGGCUAACUUUAAAUUCGACACACGUGCUAUUUUAGAAAGUUUAAAUUGAAAGGCAGUUUUUAUGAUAUCAAGAACUGAUAUCGGCAAGAUAUUUUCGUGGACGAAAUAAAUUUUUAAGAC